UUGCUGCUGGAAGGAAAAGAGGGGGAGGUUAACAAAGUCUUCCAGCUGCCACAGAGGAAACGGAAGGGACGAAACAGAAAACUAAUUUCAAAACUUCAAGUCUAUGCUCAAGCAUUGCUGUCUGAGAUCUUCUUCUUCUUCUCCUGAAUCAUACACAGACUUCUUCGGAAAAUUCCACCUUUGUUUCUACAUUUGUUGCUAAUCUCCAGUUGUUUCUGUGGUUGUGGGGAAAAAAGCCUCCACCCUAAAGAGAAGAAAGAGAACUAAUCCACUGAGAGGAGAUGUCCCCCCAGCCACAGGUGACAAGGAAUUUCCAGGAGUUCCUCAAGAGCUUUUAUGGGAUUAUACGGAUCCUUCAGAUUCUCCUAGGAGCUGGACUUUGGGUCACUGUCGCCACCAGCAAGUAUGAGGGCUCCGUUCACUUUGUCCUCUUUGUGGCUGUGUUCUUCUGGCUUCUCACACUCGCCCUCUUCUUUGUCACUAUGCUAAACAAGCAGGACCUUGUCCCCAUCCUAGGAGGAGAGCGAUGGCUGUUAACCAAUGUGAUACAUGACAUUGCUGCUACAUUGCUUUAUUUGUCUGCAAUCGGCAUCAUGAUAUACAAAACGUCGAAGAACGCUUACUGCAAUUUGCCACAGUACAGCUACACAUGCCUGUACAUCGUCUACCUCACUGGCUCUGUGUUCGCCUGCCUGACUGCCAGCGCCUACCUUCUCUCAGCCAUAUACGGCUCCUGCAGAAAGUGCCGGGGUGAGCAGACCGUGGUGUAAAAACCCAACAUGGGAUACAUGAGGGAUGGGGGAGGGACACUUCUUCUUCUCUCUGAGAGCCCUGAGAGAGAGAAAAACAGCCCUUUUCCAGGUUGCACACAGCUGGCUUAUGAAAAAAAAGAUCUUUCCUUUUCUAUUAAAGCAGAGGGUUUGAUCCCUUUGUCUCAGGCUUCCAGGUUGGUUGAUUUUGUAUAAAGUAAUUUAAACUCAUUUAUACCUUCAUCAGCCACAAAAAAAUAUGUAUUUUAUUUUAUAUUUUAUGUGUCUAGAUACUCAACAAGUUAUAUACCAGAGUUCUAUGGUUUCUUUUAUCAUUUCUGUUACAAUGACAAACCAACAAUCUAAUAUGCCAUGUCUGUAGCGUUUAUUUUUUAUCAGUUUUUAUGAUGACAUAAAGCUGGGUCUUUUUUUAUGACUGAAUGUGCAUUAGAUACAUGUGUUGGUGUAUGUGUACAGAGUCUAGCAGAAUGAAUAAUGCCAUAUCAAGAAUGUCACUGACAAUAUCGCUUGCUUAACAUGCACACAUCAACAAUGGUAUGUAAAAAUGUCCAUCUACAAGUAUUUAUAUUUCACACAAAGCAAGUGUCAGUAUGAGCAAAUAAUGAAUAAAAAGUAAAUGAUCACCUGAAACUCAUCUCUGUCAGUAGUGGGGGAGAUUUGUGAGUCUUCGCGGUCCUAGUUAAGUCCAGAUAAGGCUAAGAGUCAAAAGCUAGGACAGCAUUCCACAGCAUCUAGAUUGUUGCAGUACACAAAACUGUGCCAACAAGUCAAGAAUCUGAGAAGAAUGGGUUUGUUUAAAUUCCAUACACUCCAUUUGUGUGAGAUUUUAAAUGUUAGAUUUUUUCAAACUUCUACUCUUAAACUGAAUUGCAGUAAAAGUGAGUUGCUAAUGUCUGUAGUGGGAAUUGAGGGAGAGUGUGUUACUGUAAUCUCUGAUUAAUGAGCGUACUUCCAAAGAAUUCCAAUGAGGCUGGGCCUCAGCUAAGCAGCAUUCAUUUCUCCUAUUCAGUAAAAACAAAAUCUCAAUUUAUUUUGUGUUGUUUGUACAAGAACACUAAAUCCUGUUAAUACCACAAAAAGUACAAAUGUAAUUGA